AUGGCCGACGACACACGGGAACCUUCCGCUCCCACACCCCCGCCUCCGCGCGCCCCCGCAAACAUAAUGCCUGGUGGUACUGCCCAUACAGCAGGCGGCCAGAAGGCCGAUGACAAUGUCUCCUACGUCGACGUGGUCCGAAACCUCCCCGCAGACUACUACCUCAACUUCUACAAGCGGCCGGGCUGUGAUGUCAAGACCGGUAAUAACUUGUUCGAAUUAUGCGGUAGCGGCGUGUACUAUCGGCGGAAGGAGAAGGACGGCAUGAAGCAAGCGCAGGAGCUGAUGGAAAAGAAACGCGCGACCAUCGAAGCAAAGAAGGAGGCGCGAAGAAAACAGCGCGAAGAACAAGACAAGCUGGAAGAGGCGCGGCGAUUAGAAGAGCAAAGGCGGAAAUCAUGGGGUCACUGGUUCGACAAGAACGUGCGGUUUUGGUAG